AUGUAUGUGAAAUGGUUUGAUAUAGUAAUGUAAUACUAAGAGAUUACAGUGUAUUGAGUGAAUUUCAAAUUUUUAAAUUUUUGAAAUUCCUGCUGGUUCCAUCCCCCCUCGCAGGGAAUGGAACCCGGAAGACGGAUGCCAGCAUCGGCCGGAGGACAUGGUAGGGGAUGCUGCAGGGGGGACAUCGCGGGACCGCAGGACAAGGUAAGUGCUCAAGGGAUCCCAGAACAAUGCUGCAGUGUAAUCCCGAGUGUAGCUCCGGGUUACCGCUUCUGGUACUGAAAGUUAACCCCGAGCUACACUCGGGAAUACCGCCAGGGGGAUUAAUAUA